AUGGCAACGGUGCAAGACGACAGCUCAGUAUCCACAAUACGCUUCAAGCGUCGCAAGACUGCCCACCCGAAGCGUGUCGCCGCUGAAGAAGAUGCGCCUACUGUUACCUCGCAACCCCCAGAUGCAGCCAGUUUGCAGCACGCGCCGUCGCACUCGACCGAAGCCAACAACGAUGAAGAGUCGGUUCCCAAUCUGAAAGAGAUACUUCGCAACAGAAAGCGCCCUCGGGAUCGCCUCAAGGAAGGCGUGCGCAAGGCAGAGGUUCCUCGAAUGGACAUGGUUCACAUGGACGACGCACCGCGACCAGAUCAAUAUACGGGGCGUUUUGUCGCACAGACGGGACAGAUGGUGGAUCGCGACGACAAGCAGAUGUCGGAAUACGUAGAAGCCCGCAUGGCUGAAAAGAACUAUCGCCAACACGGUUGGCCCAUCCCACAGCACCUUCAAGCUUCAGUAGCAGCCAUCGCGCCGGAUUUACAACACACAUUUACUUCAAGAACAUCCUUGCGUGCGCCAGUGGGAACAGAGAAUCCGGUAGAUAAGGAGCAUAGCGAGCGAUUAGCAGCGGGCCAGGGCAAGCUCCAGGAAGUAGAUUUGGGCCCAGAAGCCAAGGCGCGCAUCGAGCAGGCUUGGAGAAGACUGGAGAAGGGCGAACCUGAACAACCAGCGGGCAGGGCGCAGCGAGACAAGUAUGGCUAUGCGUGGCGCAAGCCGAGAGGGGGUGGGAAGACGGACGAGGACAAGAAGCGCGAUCAGAUGGUUGAGGCCGUACUUAGCGAGGCAAAGCUCGACUACUUCGAUGCCCCCGCCCCAUCUAUCCCGCCCAUCACAACCUCCAACCAUGCAAACACUGAAGACGCGCUCGUCGAACAAUUCCGCACCGAAUAUUUCGAAUCCAUGGAACAAAGACGCCAGCAUCACGCAGCUCGUAAAACAGCAGCGUCAGCAGCUAAAGGUGCGGCGCCAUCGAUUUCAGGACCGAAGAUGGGAGGUAGUAAGAGUGCGAGGGCCAGGAUGCACAAAUUGCAGCAGGAAGAGUUGGCUAAGAAGAAGAGGUGA